UGCUGCCGCGCAGGCGCAAUACUGUGACGUGACGUAAUGUCCAUUCAUACUUUUUGUUCAUUCAAUGGAACAAAAUAUUUUAUUGAUGAACUGUCGUUGUGUAAAUCUAUUUGCCAAUAUAAUUGACAAAAAUAAAUAAUUAAAUAGUGAUUAAUUGUGUGGCUUUUUACUGUGAAGUGAUUUUUCGUAGGCUAGCCAACCACGAAGUGCAUUCAUUGAUAAAUUUUAGAAAAGACAAAAACUGAGCACAUGCGCAAUCUAAAGUAAGAAGCGAUGUUUUCAAAAUUUGUAAAAGGCUGUGUUGUGCGUAUAAUCAGUCGCGCUGGACAUUUUAAUUUUGUGGUCGUAUAGCUAUUUACUUUUUCCUCGGUAAAAACAAGCUCAAGUAGAACAUUACGACACUCCGGAAGUGGCGGGACUUGCCGGCCGAGGGGCUCGUUCCGAAAGAGAUAACAGCGGAUGAAAGAGAUAAACAGUUAUGGAUUUAACAUGGCGGACGAAACGCGUAAAGUGCGAGUAGAAGAGAGAUUGAAAAUAAAGAUCGGUGAAGCAAAGCAACUACCAGCCCGCAAUGGAGCCGCCUGCCAACGUGAUAUAUACUGCGUGCUGUCUCUCGAUCAGGAGGAAAUAUUCCGCACCUCCACCAUGGAACGAACGCUCAAUCCAUUUUUCGGAGAGGAGUUCCAGUUCGAAGUCCCCCGAAGAUUCCGAUACCUAUCCAUUUACGUGUUCGAUCGCGAUAAGCACCUCAAGCAAGACCGGGUGCUGGGCAAGGUGGCCAUCAAGCGCGAGGAUCUGCAGCGGUACAACAACAAGGACCACUGGUUCUCGCUGCGACCCGUCGACGCCGACUCCGAGGUGCAGGGCAAGGCCUACAUCGAGCUCUCGCUCGAGGACUCGAGAAAACGACUGCGAAUGGACCCCAAGCCGCCCGACCCCUGCCCGGCUGCCGACAACUGCUCGGCGAAGGCCAAAGCGAAGAACCUCACCAGGCUCUCGGAGUACUGCAAGGAGAGCAUUAGGUUCGGGUCGUGCUCGAGCUCGACCAGCAAGAAGCUCCUCAGCCCCGUGUCGACGGAGCCGUCCCUGGCGCUGUCGCGGUCCGAGAGCCUGAAGGACCGCGCGCAGUGGGCGGUGCGGACGAAGCCGCCCAUGCACGCCAUGUCGGAGCCCGACGCGUCGCCCACGCCCACCGCCGUCGACUACUGGUCGGACCCCGAGCGGCACUGCGAGGCCCGCGUCGGCCCCGACACCCUCCGCCUGCGAGUCCUCGAGUGCUCCGAGCUCACCACGAAGAACGGCCAGUGCGACCCCUUCGCUCUCGUCACGUUGCUCUACUCGAACGGACGACGGAUCGAGAGGCGAACGAGGCCCAAGAAGAAAACCGUCAACCCGCAGUUCGACGAAAUUUUCUGCUUCGAUCUCGUCAUGGAAGCGGAUCCCAAGGAAAAAGAUGGAUCUCAAAAUGCCGGAGUGGCGUGCGAGGCUCGUGUGUCGGUGUGGCACGACGCGGCCACGCCCGUGUUCCUCGGCGAAGUGAGGCUGCAGCUCCGGCAACCCACCCCGGCUCCACUCUGCGCAUGGUUCUUCCUGAAAUCACGCGCGGGCGGAGCUCUAUCGCGGGGGGCGACGCCGCCCGGCACGCGGCUGUCGGCUGCGGGCGGGUCGGCGCUGGGCUCGCUGCGGCUGCUGCUGCAGUACACGGUGGACCACGUGUUCCCGCUCACUCACUACAGCGACCUCGAGCAGCUGUUCCUGUGCAGUGUGCAGCAGAAGCCAAUCACCACAUCGGCGGUAUACAUCCUGGGCGAGGUGGUGUCGAGCAAGACGGACGCGGCGCAGCCCCUCGUGCGGCUGUUCACGCACCACGACCUCAUCGUGCCCAUCGUGCGGGAGCUCGCCGACGCCGAGAUCUCCGUGCUCACUGACGCGACGACGAUAUUUCGCGGCAACACACUCGUGUCGAAGAUGAUGGACGAGGCCAUGCGGUUGUCGGGCGCGGCGUACCUGCGCGCGGUGCUUCGGCCCACGCUGGCGGCCGUGCUCGCGGAGCGCCGGCCCUGCGAGAUCGACCCCGCGCGAGUCAAACCCGUCGCCGCUGUAGCUACCAACCUCGCUAACCUGAAGGACUAUGUGGAAAGGGUGUUCGGCGCGAUAACGCAGUCGUACGCCAUGUGUCCCGCUGUGAUGUGUCGUCUGUUCGACGCGCUCCGGCAGUGCGCCGCCCGCCACUUCCCCGCCAACGCGGAGGUUCGCUACAGCGUGGUGUCCGGCUUCAUAUUCCUGCGGUUCUUCGCGCCGGCCAUACUCGGACCACGCCUGUUUGAUCUCACAACGGAACAGAUUGAUCCACAAACCAAUAGAACGUUGACGCUGAUCUCCAAGACGAUCCAGUCCCUGGGCAACCUGGUGAGCAGCAGGUCCGCGCAGCAGGUGUGCAAGGAGGAGUACAUGGCGGAACUGUACAAGAGCUUCUGUACAGCAAAACAUGUGCAAGCGAUACGACAGUUCCUCGAGAUUAUUUCCUCAAGCUCUGACACACAGAACAACAACGUCCAGGAGACACCAGUUUUGUUAAAAGAAGGGACGAUGAUCAAGCGUUCGGACGGGGUUCGUGCAGGCCCGGGCUCGCCGCGCCGGCGCUGGACGCGGCCCGCUAACGCCUACUCCAAGAGGAGACAUUUCCGACUCACCAGUGGCGAGUUAUCGUGGUCGCGGGGCGGAUCGCGCGCGGCGCACCGGCUCCCUCUAUCGGAGGUGCUGAGCGUGCAGCCCGUAGACUGCCCGCCCGCCGGCGCGCCGCUAGACGUCAACAACAUCUUCCAAAUUGUUCACAGCGAGCGCGUGUUAUUCGUGCAGGCGAGCAACUGCGUGGAGCGCGCGGAGUGGCUGCGGUUACUGCGCGCGCUGUGCCGGCACGCCGCGCCGCACAAGGGAUACUACUGCGGCACCAAGUGGACGUGCUGCGGUCGGUCUGAACGUCGCGCGGAGGGGUGCGGGUCGGCGGCAGCGGGCGGCGCGGAAUGCGGGCGCGGCGCGGCGGUGGCGUUGCGGCUGGACCCCGCGCGAGACCUGCAGCGCCUGCACACGCUGCUCGUCGCGCACUCCGCGCGGCUAGAUGAGCGGUUGCGACGCGCGCCUGACGACAUGAGUCCGGAGGAGCGUGAGGCGGAGGACGCGACGCUUCGGGAGCUGCAGAAGAUUAUGUUCGACCUCGAGCACCGACACUGUAUAUACCGGCGGUCGUUGCUGAGGGAAACCAAGUACGGCAGCAAACAAGCGCCCAUAGGCGACGAUAAUUAUCUCCACCUGGCGGGCACGGCCGGCACCAUCGACGCAGGAUCCUUCCUGUGGCGAACCCGACGAGGCGACUUCUCGCCGACGGUAGACCUCGACGGCAAGACCCUCCCCCUUCAGUCCUCGCUGGACGUAUGCUCCAGCUCGGAAUCGCUGAAGCUGGCCCGGCACGGCGACGAGCGUUCGUCGGGCAAGUCCACCAAAUCCACUGGCAGCGGGUACCUCACCAUGUCCUGCAUCAAGCACGAGCCGUCCGAGGACAGCGACGCCUCCAACGAGAAGCCGGCGCGCCCGCCCAAGCCCGCCCGCCUCUCCCCCUCCCGAGCGAAUCUCGCCUCGCCCGUCUCCCCGCUGUGCGAGUACGUCGACGUCGAGCUGAAGCCGCCGAUCCGCCGACCCAAGCCGGACUCCCUCCCCCGGAGGCUGGAGAUCGACCUCGCUAACCGGUGCAAGGAGUACGAGCUGAUGGUCAACUUCAGCAGCCGCGCGGUCGACGACGACGUGCCGCCGGCCGUCCCGCCGCGCGUCGGCGCCGCGGCCAAGGUUCGGCCGCAGCCCAAACCCGCGGAGAACGUCACGAAGCCGGACGAGCCCGUCGCGCUCCGGUCGGAGAUGCUCCUCGGCUCGAGCUGCAGCCUGCCCGACUCGCCGCCCUCACCCGACCUCGAGAGCCUCGCGGACGGCGAUGGCACUCGGCCCGGCAGCAAAAUCGACACGGUGUCGAACGACGACAGCCUCCUCGACGAGCUGCAGCGCGACACGUACUGCGUCCUCAAGGUGUGCGAAGACGAGUCGCCGGCCAACGCGACUGACGAGCCCGAGCGCGAGGAGCCGAGCGCCCCCGAGCAGGAGAAGGAGGAGUACGGAAUGUUCUCCCGGCUGAGUUUGCAAAGGAAAUCGAAUCCGAUCAAAACGCCCCCCGCGGCCGGCCGUACUCUGAAGACUUCGAACUCGACGUCGAACGUGCACGACGUCGGCUCGAGCGCGUCGCGGCCGUUCGCGGAGCGGCUGACGCCCUUCUUUUUAAAAAAGAAACCCAAGCCGGCGGACGAGUCGCACUCGACGAAGUCUACGCGGAAGGAGGACAACCUCAUAGGUCGCCUGACCCCCCGAUUCGGCCAGUCCCGCCUGCAGGUCCGGGGACAGUCGCUCGAUCUCGCUCAACCCGAGAGAGCUAGACGAAUCGAGCGCUCCGCGACGACGGUCAACAUCCCUCCGCGGUCCUUCGACUCGUCCAUAGUGGCGAAGCUGCUGACGCUACGCCGGUGCGGGGCGCAGGACGAGGUGCAGUGUCACGGGUUCGUCCGGACGGAGCAGGAUGGCGAGCGAGGCGGGGAGGGGGGCGGCGGAGAGGGCGUCGCGGCGGCCGCGGCGCAGGGGCCGGCCCGCGAUCCCGCGCGACUUGACUACGCCGCGCCCGACGACGACGCCUCGUGGCGGCGCGCGCACGGCACCAUCCUGGCCGCCGCCUCCAAUGAUAUUAGACUAUAGAUGCUGCGCGAUCGCAAACUUUUGAAUCGAUGGUCUUAUCGUUAAUGUAGAAGUUUAAGUCUACGAUGUUUUCGUCUAAACGCUGUCAGCUGUAUUAUAGAGAACUAUAAAUGUAUAGCGUCUCUGUGCGUAACGUUUACGUGACUUAAAUAUUUAACUGACAAUGGAGCCGCUCAAUUGCGUUAUCCGUCGGUGGUGCUCAUUGCGACCGACGGAAGGUUGACUGGGAAGACGUCAUCCGUGUAAUUAUCUAAUGACGAAUUUCUUUAAGUCUAUGUGACGAGUAGGAGCGACCCGUAGGAGAGAAUGGUGACUUCUAAAUGAGGGUUGUAUUUAUUUCUAUAUUUUUUGAACUCCUUUUCGUCGACCUGAAAUAUGUGCCUCCUCUAGUUUGUAGAUAUAAUAUUAUCUAAAGUGUCCACUAUGUUUAAUUAUAUGAUAUAGUAGCGUUAAUACUCAAAAGGUGCCAAGUAUUGUGCGAGUACGCCUUACGCCUCUCGGCGUAUCGACUCUCAUUCCUUAAGCACAAUAAUUAUGUGAAACCGAACUUGAAUCGUACUAAAGAGUUAAUUA